AUGCAAGACAUCCACUCACUUGGAGGCGGAGGCAGGUUAUUUGGCGGUGGAGGUGACAGUAGACUACGGCCACACCAUCAGCAAAACCACCAAGCAUUAAAGUGCCCAAGAUGUGACUCCCUGAACACAAAAUUCUGCUACUACAACAACUACAACCUCUCUCAGCCUCGUCACUUCUGUAAGGGUUGCCGGCGUUACUGGACUAAAGGUGGUGUUCUCCGCAACGUUCCUGAAGGCGGUGGAUGCCGCAAGACCAAGCGGUCUAAGCCUAAACAAAACACACCGAGUACAACUUCUGAUACAAUUACGGUCUACAGUAGUACACCGCAGCAGCUACAGGAACAACAUGAGCAACGAGAUCAUAAAUCCUCCAACUCUCAUUCUAGUAGUGAGAGUUCGAGUCUUACUGCUACAAAUAACCCGAAUGCAAAUACUGCAGUGGAAGCAGAGUGUGCUCUUUCUGUAAGCUCGGUCUCCAAUAAUUUAUUAAACGGUAUUGUUGAAUCCAAAAUCUUUCCGCACGGGAAUUUGAAUCCGAGUUUUGAAACUGCUUUGCUCGAGCAAGGAUCGGACUGUGGGAUUUUUUCGGAGAUUGGGAGUUUCACAAGCUUGAUCACAUCGGCCAACGAAUUGUCGUUUGGGUUAAGUAACACAAUGAACCAGCAGCAACACCAGCAACAGGGGCUUGAACAUCAUGUGCAACACCAUCAGAACCAGCAGCAGUGGCAAAAUCAUCAACAGCAGGAGAUGACAGGAGGAGGGUUGGUUGAUCAGACGGUUCACGUUGAGUUAUCGGCUUUGCCGAGUAGUAGAUCAUCAGAGAAUAAUGGUGGGGGAUUUGGAGCUUUGGAUUGGCAAUUAGGGAGUGGAGAUCAAGCUGGUGGUUUGUUUGAUCUUCCUAAUGCCGCUGAUCAAGCUUACUGGAGUCAAAGCCAGUGGAAUGAUGACGAUCACCCUAGUCUCUACCUCCCGUAA